GAAUAACCCAGCCAAGACAGCAACAAUGCUUUCUAGCAGCAUCUUGCAAUGACAUAUCAGUUGAGGAAACCUAUUGCCGAUUGAUAUUUUUCGUUUAAUACUCUGUCUUUAAAAACGUAAAAUAUUUUCUUUUUUCUGCAAAAGAACAUUUGAAACAUUCCUGUUUAUUCUCAAGACAGAUCAUGGCUUUGUUGUUUCUUCCUGCUUCUUCCUAUGUUCUUUUUGGAAGUCUCGUUUUGGUUUAUAUAUGCUAUGAUAUCUGGCGUCGCAGCUAUUGGAGAAGGCAUGGAAUACGGUCACCUCCCUCUCUCCCAGUUUUUGGUAAUACAUAUGAAUGGAGAAUGUCACAACAUGAGAAGUACGAGGAGUAUUCAAAGACUUAUAGAAAUUUCUUUGGGGUAUACAACUUCAAUACACCCAUCUUGGUCAUUAGUGAUUUGGAUGCUGUCAAGAACAUUCUCGUGAAGGACUUCCAAUACUUCUAUAACAGACCAAAUUUUCCUCUCGUCAAUCGUCCAAUGGAUAAAUCACUCUUCUUCCUCAGAGAUUCAAGAUGGAAAAAAGUCAGAAAUGUUACCUCUCCGAGUUUUAGUGCUAACAAAAUGAAAAAGAUGUCCCUUUUGGUGAAUGAAAAGGCUGAUAGACUUGUAGAGAACAUUGGGAAAGAACAAGCCAAGCGUGGUUUUGUAGAAUGCAAACAACUUUAUGGAUCCUUCGUCAUGGAUUCGAUAUCGGAAUGUGCAUUUGGUCUUGACGUCGAUUCACAGAACAACCCUGGGCACCCAUUUGUUGAUCAUGCAAAGCAAGUCAUUCAGAGUGGGUUUAUCUUCAGUCCACUGAUUGCGAUUGCAGCUAUUUUCCCUUGGCUGGCUGGCAUAUUCAGAUAUUUCAACAUCGGAAUUUUGAAAGGUGAUUCAUUGAGAUUCUUUGGAAAUAUUGCUACCCAGGCGAUGGCGAUUAGAAGAGGUACAGCGAACAAAGAAAAUAAAAGGGUGGAUUUUCUCCAGCUGAUGGUGGAUGCUACUCGAGAAAAACAUGAAGAUGGAACCAAUCAGAAAGAAGAUAUCGAUGAUGACCUCAAGGUUCAUCACGAGAAUGACAAAGACUCCGUACCUCGUGAUGCUAAGUUGUCGAAACCCAUCGAUGAUGACGAAUUCACAGCACAGGCAAUGUUCUUUUUAUUUGGUGGCUACGAAAACACAAGCUCCCUCUGUGGCUUCUCUUCCUACUUUUUAGCUAGGAAUCCAGAGAGCCAGGACAAACUGAUCAAAGAAAUAGACGAGAUGACACCGACAUCAGGAAGUGUCAAUUAUACCACCAUCGCCAAGAUGACGUAUCUUGAUCACGUGAUUCGUGAGACUCUUCGCCUCUACCCGAUUGCUCCACUUACCAGCCGGGUCUGCACCAAAGAGUAUGAUGUGAAUGGCUUUACUAUACCCAAAGGAAUGCAAGUCGACAUCCCCAUCUAUACCAUACAACGUGACCCGGAGAUUUGGCCUGAGCCAGAGAAAUUUAUUCCUGAAAGGUUUACCAAGGAGAAUCUCGAAACUAUGCACCCCUAUUCUUGGAUUCCCUUUGGGAGUGGACCAAGAAUGUGUAUUGGUAUGAGAUUCGCUGUCAUGGAAACCAAGAUUGCCCUUGUUAGAGUUUUGAGGGAAUUCCGCUUAGAGACCUGCCCUCAAACUGAGAUACCACCCAAGACUGGAAGUAAUGGGCUUGUGACUCCAAAGAAUGGUAUCGCCCUUCGGGUCGUGCGAAGAAACUAAUCAAAUAAAAUACUUGAUCUUUAAUACAUGAAUAACU